AUGUCCACAGACCCCACCUCUUCCUUCAUCGAGUCCGCAGCAUGGACAUCCACCGCUGAACCCACGGCGGACGAGGUCAUCGAAAAGCAGAAUCUCAUCAAGGAGAUCCUCUCGAGUCAAGAGUCACUCAAGGCUCUCGUGACUAGGGUGCAAGGGGUUCAGGCGGAUUGCACCAAGGCAGAGGCCGAUAAUGAGAUGCUGCAGAGUUAUGUUGAGAGCGUCACAAAGAGUCUGGCUGCCAAGGGGGCACAGUGA